CGGUGGCGGAUUCCCAUCGCAGACCAAGAUGGCGGCCGCUCGGGCAGCCGGCUCGGCUCGGUGACUGACGGGGGAGACGCGUCUGUUUCAGCCGGACAGCAGCGACCGCGGAGCGGAGAGAAACCCCGGCCAACAGCGCAGCUCCGGCCGCCCGGACCGUCGGACCGCUGCCCUGGGCGGCGUUGCCACAGCAACAGACCCGGAGACGGCGGACCGAGAAGUUGCGCGCGAGGGCAGUUCUAACGUUCGUUACCGGGCAGUUGGCGGGGAUGGGAAAUGAUGGAGGACAAAGGCCCUCGUGUAGCCGACUACUUUGUGGUGGCUGGUCUAACAGACCCAUCCACACCUUUGGACCAGGAGAUCCACUUUGAUGAUGUCUGUCACAAGACGGCCAAGCCGAAAGCCCCCAUCACCGAUGUGACGGUGGUGAUCCGCUCCAUCGGCGAGGAGGUUCCUCCGGGGUACACCUGCAUAGAGGCCACGCCCACCGGCCAUUCAGCCGACCUUAACAACGGUGGCCUCAUGGUGCCGCAGAUCUUCCUGUGCUACAGGCGAGGCCGCGACAAGCCGCCACUCACAGACUUGGGUGUGCUGUUUGAGUGGAAGGAGCGGCUGAAGCAGGGCUGCCACCUCGUCCAGACCACGCCCUCCGGUCGUCCAGCCAACAUCAGCGGAAACUCCUCCCAGCGCAUCUACAUCACCUACCGCCGCGCAUCCGAGUGCCAGCCACACGCCGCUCUGGCCCUCACCGACAUCUGCAUCAUUAUCCCCAGCAAGGGGGAGUCGCCCCCGCACACUUUCUGCAAGGUGGAUAGGAAUCUGAACAGCAGCAUGUGGGGCUCCUCGGUCUACCUGUGUUACAAGAAGUCUGUGGCCAAAACCAACACAAUCGCGUAUAAAGCAGGUUUAUUCAGCAGAUAUCCAGAGGAGGACUACGAGUCUUUCCCCCUGCCAGAGUCGGUCCCUCUCUUCUGCCUUCCCAUGGGGGCCACGAUCGAGUCGUGGCCUGCAAACACCAAAUACUCCCUGCCCGUCUUUUCCAUCUUUGUCCUAACCGGAGCCUCUGGAGAGAAGGUGUAUGGUGCCGCCAUCCAGUUCUACGAGCCCUACCCAGAGGAAUGCCUGACCGAUCAGCAGCGCUCCCAGCUGGGCCUCCUGAGCCCGGACCGACCCAAAUCCUCCCCCGGUGCCGCCGACGGCAGCAAGAGCAGCGCCGCCGAGCCCCGCUCAGUCCACACCAACAAGUGCAUCUGCCUGCUCUCCCACUGGCCCUUCUUUGAUGCUUUCCGGAAGUUCCUAACAUUCCUCUACCGCUACUCCAUCUCAGGCCCACACGCUCUUCCCAUCGAGAAGCACAUCUCUCACUUCAUGCACAAAGUUCCCUUCCCAUCCUCCCAGAGGCCUCGCAUCUUGGUGCAGCUUUCCCCACAUGACAGCCUGAUGUUGAGCCAGCCCGUGUCCUCUCCUUUACCCCUCAGUGGCGGUCGAUUUUCCACGCUGCUCCAGAACCUCGGACCAGAGAAUGCCGUCACCUUGCUGGUGUUUGCCGUGACUGAACAUAAGAUCCUCGUCCACUCGUUACGGCCGGCGGUUCUGACCAGCGUCACUGAGGCUUUGGUGUCUAUGAUCUUCCCGUUCCACUGGCCGUGUCCGUAUAUCCCGCUGUGCCCCCUGGCGUUGGCUGACGUGUUGAGCGCCCCCUGUCCGUUCAUUGUAGGCGUGGACUCGCGCUACUUUGAUCUGUACGACCCCCCGCCUGACGUGAGCUGCGUGGACCUGGACACAAACACCAUCUUCCAUAAUGAAGAUAAGCGAGCUCUCACAUGGAAGAUCCUGCCAAAGAAAGCCUGUAAAAACCUGAUGAAUGUGCUGAGCAAUCUCCACCAGCAGCUCGUCGAUGGUCAGUGCCGGCCUGAUGGCUUGGUGGAGCUGAGCAUGAGUGACUCUCCGGAGCUGAGCUCUGGGAAGAGUCUCCACACGCUGGAGCUGGAGAUCCAGGAAGCAUUCCUGCGCUUCAUGGCGGCGAUUUUGAAGGGCUACCGCUCCUUCCUGCGGCCCAUCACCCAAGCACCGUCAGAGAAAGCCACAGACGCAAGCUCACUCUUUGACUUGCAAGGGUUCUUGAAGAGCCGUGAUCGCUCACACCAGAAGUUCUACUCUCUGAUGACCAAGACCCAGAUGUUCAUCCGCUUCAUCGAGGAGUGCUCUUUUGUCAGCGACAAAGAUGCCAGCCUUGCCUUCUUUGACGACUGUGUGGAAAAACUUUACAAUUCAGAUCGGAAUGCGGAAAAAGGAGGGAAGGUGGACGGCGACAGGCAGGAGGAGACCAGGCUGAUAGAGAUUGAUGAAUCCCAGCGCAGUGAGCACACAGUCUUCAUCACACCUCCAGAGCUGCCCCCUCUGCCAGAGGGAGAGGAGCACCCGCUGUGUUACAGGUACGAUGGUUUCCCAGUGUUGAGUCUGGACUUGUUUGACCCCAUGGAGGGCCUGCGGACGCCCCGCUCCCGCCUCGCUGCCAGGCACAGCUGUCCCACCAGCCCCGCCCCCAUGUUCAGACGCACCAAGCAGGAGAUCAAAUCAGCCCAGAAGAUAGCCAAGAAGUACUCGUCCAUCCCCCAGCUGUGGUCCAAGUGCCUGCUCCGGCACUGCUACGGCCUGUGGUUCAUCUGUCUGCCAGCUUACGUGAAGGUCUGUCACUCCAAGGUCCGGGCGCUUCGCACCGCCUACGACGUGCUCAGGAAGAUGCAGGCAAAGAAGCUGCAACCUCCUGAUGAGGUCUGCUACCGGGUGCUGAUGCAGCUGUGUGGGCAGUACGGACAGCCCGUCCUUGCUGUCAGGGUCCUCUUUGAGAUGAAGAAGGCGGGGGUUCACCCCAAUGCCAUCACCUACGGCUACUACAACAAGGCGGUGUUGGAGAGCACGUGGCCCUCCAGCACCAGAGGAGGAUACUUCCUGUGGAUGAAGCUCAGAAAUGUCAUUGUGGCCACGGCGCAGUUCAAACAGGCCCUACGCCGACAUGCACCCUUCACCCAGAGCCCCCUGUCAGAUGGCAGUGACCUGGACGCCGAGAGUCACGGCAGCCUGGAUAGUUCUGCCGACACUAACCCGGCCGAGCAGGGCCCCUACACCUCUGACUCCGUCAAAGUAGAACCCACUGACGAUAGAUCUAGCACAGUCGGCCGUGGGGGUGGCGGCGUGGGCGCCAGGCCCGGGGGGGCCCACUCACACUGGGGGGGCUCUGAGCUCAGAGAAGCCGCUCUCCACCCAGGAGACCAGUCAGACCUGGGUUAUAACUCCCUGUCCAAGGAGGAGGUUCGGAGAGGAGAGCCCGCACCCCAGGACUCCGCCCCGGACAAAGAUGACAAGAAAGAGAGCGACAGCAGCUCCUUGUCAGAAACAGAUAGUACCAAGGGAAGUAAGGACUUCCUCCCUCAGCUGGACCUGGAGAUCAGUUCCUCCUUCAGACCACGAGGGAUUGUUCGCAGCAGUUAUCCGUACGAUGAUUCCUCCUGCAAACCCAAGAGCUCAGCCAGUGCAGGCCACGUCGCAGGUCUCCUCUUCACCACCUCACUGGAUGAGAUCGCUGAGGUUCACAACAACAGUUUGCUCAGGAGACACAGGAGUGCUCUGGAGGAGGUGGUGGGCAGCUCGGGCAGCGGCUCCGCUCUGGACUGGCAGGGCGGGCGGCGGCGGCGCCUGAGCGGAGACACCGUGUGCAGCAGCGGCAGCGGUCACACCGUCCUCGGCCUCGCCAUGAGCCAGGCGGAAACAGACCCGGAGAAGAUCGCUGGGCAUUUAGGUGCAGACGCCAAAAUCCUCUCCUGUGCCAGUCACAGCGAGAGUGAAAGGUUUCAUACUGUGCCUCUCGGUGGGUUAGAGGGAUUAGCUGCUAAGACGAACACGCGCAGGAGUGAACACAGGGACGUGGAAGAGGAAGUGGAGGAGCUGGACUCCAGUGAUGAGGAGAGGAAUAAUCCCGACGCAAUCUUUGACUUGGAGGAUCUGGAUUCAGACAAACCCGCCACUGGAGCCAAACUUCAUAAGCAACGUGUUAAAGCCAGCGCCAGCUACGGAGCAGCGGCCGCCGCGGCGUCCAAAGGCGCAAUCAAGCGCACAGGCAUCGAAACGGGCUUCGACCCGCUUUCUCUCCUGGCAGCAGAGACAAAGUCUGAGCAACGAGAUGCUGAUCAGUAUCCAGAUGGGGACGAGGCCAGUACGCCCAGCGCUCGAAGGAACCUGGCCAGGGAGAUCGAGCUGUACAUGAACCAGAUGGACAGCCCGCUGAGCAGCCGCACGCCCAGCAUGGACCUGCAGGACCCGACCAGCCCUCUGCUGCUGCACCCGCCCUCCAUCCCCGCCCUGCGCAGAUCCAGCCUGCCUCACGCCUCCCCCGUCAGGACAGGAGGGAUGCCGCGCUCCCGCACCUUUCACCAGGCCUCCUCCUCCCAGCCCAUCUCGCGGCAGCGCCUGUGGUCGUCACCGUCCUGCCAGAGCUCCAGUCCCAGCCCCCGGCCCAGCCCGCUCAGGGAGAAGGCUGACGGCAUCAGUCUGGCGUCGCCGUCACCGUCCUCGUCCGCUUUUGCUCUGGACACCCUGCUCACGCCAACGCUGGACGUGUUCAAGACCAGUGUCUUCUCCGCUGGGAAGGGCGUGGCGGAGAAAGCCAGCCGCUGGUAUUCUCGUCUCGCCACCUACACAACACCCACCAAGGACAGUAACGGGGACCGUCUGAGCGUUUGCUCCCUCGAUGUCGGAGAUCCAGACUGCUCCUCCCUGCUGGAUGAAGAAGGCGGAGGGGAGUCGAGGUAUUCGUUGGUGUCUCCACAGAACAACGGCCCCUCACGGCCCCGCAGGAGCCCCAGACGCAGCCCCCUCCACAGCCGGCUGCAGAGCCCCACGGCCGGCUGCAGCCUCGGGAGACCCACGUCCCUGCUGCCCGGAUGCGUCGUCUCUCCACCCGCCUUCCAGCUACCAGACAAGUCAGAGCUGAGCUCUUCACGCUACACAAGCAACACCAGCAUCUUCAACAACUACGCCAUGGAGCUGCUGAUCUCCAGCUGCUCUCGCUGUAAGACGUGCGACUGCCUGGUGUACGACGAGGAGAUCAUGGCCGGCUGGACGGCAGACGACUCCAACCUGAACACCACCUGUCCCUUCUGUGGAAACCCCUUCCUGCCCUUCCUCAACGUGGAGAUCAGGGACAUGCGGGGACCCGGCAGGCUGUACUUGAAGGGCAGCCCGUCCCUGGACGAGGCCAUGACGUCAUCCUGCUCUGCUUCCACAGGCCUGAACACGGGGACGUCCACCGUGUCCACGCCCUGUCCCACCACAGCCGUGUCCCCUCCCUCCCCCACCGCCGCUGGGCAGGACUGCUCUGGAAGGAACCGGCUGGCCAAGGCUCAAGGGAUCAACAUCCCCACAGAUCGCCGCCACGGGCAGCUGUCCUCCGGGCCCAUGACCCGCAGCAUCAGCGCCUUCGGCCCUCUGGAGGAAACGGCUCCAUUCAGCCGCUUCCUGCCAACGUCGGGCAGCCUGCCCACUCGCCUCAAUGAAGCUACGGACCCCCUGAAUAUGGACUGGCAGCUCCACAACCCCGAGCCGGUGACGGUUCCCUAUCUGAGCCCACUGGUGCUGUGGAAGGAGCUGGAGAGUCUGCUGGAGAACGAGGGCGACCCGGUGAUCACGGAGGCCGACAUGGUGGACCAUCAUCCCAUCAUCUACUGGAAUCUGGUGUGGUACUUCAGACGGCUGGACCUGCCCAGCAACCUGCCCGGCCUCAUCCUCACCUCGGAGCACUGCAACAGAGACUCCCAGAUCCCUCGUCACUGGAUGUCAGAGGACAGUAAACAUGUCCUGAUCCAGAUCCUGUGGGACAACCUGAAGCUGCACCAGGACCCCAUCCAGCCUCUCUACAUCCUCUGGAACACAUACAGGCUUAAUUGUACUCUGUUGUUAGAGAAUGUGGGCUACCCUCUGUCCCGGCCGGUCCCGGAGGAGGAGAAGCCGUUCAGCGAGGAGCUGCUGCAGAGCGUGGUGAAGAGCAUCCAGAGGAACGACGUGAGCCGGCCCAUGGCUCAGCUGCUGCAGCUGCUGGGACGGACCGUCGGGGUCAAGCGGCAAAGGAGUUUGUACCGGGACAUCCUCUUCCUCUCCCUGGUGGCGCUGGGAAAAGAUAACAUCGAUGUUGACGCCUUCGAUCGGGAGUACAAGCUGGCGUACGACCGCCUGGCGCCCACCCUGGUGAAGCUGACCCACAACUGUGACCGGCCUCCCAGCACGGGCGUCAUGGAGUGUCGCAGGACGUUCGGAGAGCCGUACCUGUGAACCGCCACACCUAACUCCUCCUCCUCAUCACCAUCAUCGUCAUCAUCGUCGCUGUUCGAUCAGCUCAGGAAACCGUCUGAGGACAGUAAAUGUGCACUACGGUGGCGCUGGGGUCUGUAAUGUAACCGGAAGUUUGACUUCAUCUCAGUUUAUCGACGACAGAAACGCUCUUAGGCACCACUUCAUCCACCGUCGUCGAUCACCCGGUGUCUGGAAAUCCUGUGAAUAUUACACAGUUUUACUGUAAAUACUGAGAAGUAGAGCAUUUUUUUAAAGCCACAUUUAUAUUGUAUAGUCACACAUCAUAUAAAGACUAAUAAUGGCAAUAUUUUAACUUGAACUCUAUUUAUAUAAAGUCGCUGUAUUUAUUGUAGUGUCGUCUUCGUUUGGGCCGUUUUACCACGUGUCGUCGUCGCUUCGCCGUUUAAGCCAGGCGGCCUGAAAACUCGUCAUCCAGGUGUUUGUAGUCUGUUUUAAACGGCGUCUUGUGCUUUGAGUCGACACAUUUCAACAAAAGAGGACUUUUAAACUAUUAACUGGGUCAAAGUACCGUAAAGAAGGAGCAGAUGUUUCCUAAAUCAGUUGUUUCAUGGCUGCAGCUUCUGCUCAACAACCGCUGGUCUCAGCCGCUUCAAUGUGAAAUCUUUUCUUUUUAAGCUGCCUCGAAUGUUCAAUAUGCAGCGCUUGACGUCCGCUCGGCUUCUCUUCAUUUUACUUUCAUGAAAAGUUUCCUAUUUGACUGCAGAUGUGAAUCGCAUUCACAUAAAAAAGGACUUCCGUCAACGUGAUUCAGUGCAGCCAGAAAACUGUCUGAGCCCUUGUCAGUUCAGUGUGACAUUCAAGCACAGGUCACGCUGAUUUAUAUUCAUUUAAUCAGAUAAAAUCACCUCUGUCCUCUCGAGUACAGUGAAGGUCGAUAACCAACGUUAAUAAUCAAGAACACAUAGAUGAUGAGACUAAAAAACGAGUGUCCCGGGUGUCGGGUCAUUCAUGAGAGCGCGUUCACAUCUGUACGAAACUGCCUGUUUGGUUUGUGUUUUCCUUAAAUAUUUAACUUCUAGUUGACCCGCACUUCUGCCUCUUAAAGCAGCACAAAAGAGUUUUUGUAAUUUUAAGACGGUUGCUCUUGUGGUCUCCCGUCUCCGUCUGCAAAGCCCAGCUGGAGGAACUCUGAACUCCCGGCCCGCUCGUCUCUUGUGACAACACUUUAGGGCGCCAAGCUAAACAUAAACAAUAAAAGCAGCUCACGGAUGAAAGGAGAUUAAGAGACUCAAGUAGUUAAUGAUGGAAGAGAAAAUGAGCCAGAAGGAGACGAAACAAGGGGAAUGGUGUGGACUAAAAAUGACAAACGUUCCUUUUGUGCUGCUUUAACAAAGCAAACAUCAGUGUUGAUCGUCUUUGUACGAGUGAAGACACAAAGCGCUGCCAUGAAUGUUCGUAAAAGUCUGUUUUCAUGUGGGGGGGGUACGUAACGAUGGUACGACAACAUCCUGCAUCGGGUUCAGACCAAACUUUGUUUCCAGAAAGAAAGUUUAAAAGGCAAACUUCAGUUGAAUGUGCAGAUGUCGUUUUGUCUUGUGUUGCAUCUGAUUUUAUAAUAAAUCUGAAUGUUUCUUGAUCGUGCAGACGAAGAUUUAAGCCUGUUUGAGACGACUUAAAUCUCAGAUCUCUUCCGCUCAGGGUUAAGAAUCAGUUUCAUCUGAAAGUGAAUGAAUUUGUCAUUUCUUUGUUUAGCUGAUCAAACAUCUGGAGAGCUGAGGAAAAGACAAAAACUGUCAAAGAAGAGCUGUAGUUUACACCCAGCUGGCCCUUCUUACCUCCAGCUCCACGAAUUAAAACAAGACUUUUAAUUAAACUCUGGAAGAAUGUCAGUAGUUAACACAUAAAUCCAGAUUAUACAGAAUUUAUAUAUAAUUAAGGGGCAAAUUCAGAACCUUCAUUCUGAAUUAUUAUUUUUUAAUAAUAAUUAAAAAAAAUAUUUUAAAUUUAAGUAACAUCCAGAUGUUAUUCAUCUGAAUCCUUCCAAGAUUUUUUCCUGGAAGAAAACAGAGAGGAAGAGUUAAGUUCUUCUCUGAAGAGUCUCCACAAUUAACUGUUCUCACACUAAAGUCAGCUCGUCCUUUUAUUUUAGUCGUAUUUCCUCUCAGCUGUCAGUGCUGGUAUCCAAGAGAGUGAUGAAUUACAGUCCGAUUGUUGUAUAAAAGUAAAGCUUGAGUGGUGCGACGGCAGUCGUGCCAUAAAGUAUUGAUGAAUGUGUAACUGGAUUCCAACUGAAAAUGCAGUGAAAAUGCUUUUGCUGUAUAAUCAUUGAUCCAUUGACCCAUCACUGGGUGCAGAUACUCAUUUUGGAAGUGAGUCGUGUUUUUAAAACAGUUCAAACUUUGAAGACUGUGUGAGAUUCUAUUGACGAAGCACUAAUCUGAACUCUGGCCUCAACUGGAUUCUGACGCAUCGUUGGCGUCCAGCAGGGACGGACAUUUGGACACGUGUUCACGUUUGUUUCUGAAUCUGACGUUGCUUCAGUUGAAGGAGGACCCCUGAGCUCAAACUCCUGGAGGUCUCAUGAGACUCAACGAGAGACUGAUGACUGGAAGAAGAAACUAAACUGGAAAAGUCAACAAGGGCCGGGGACCAGCUGGUCCAGGAGGACACAUGGACGCAGUAAAGUAAAGGACUGUCGGCUUCAUUCACCCCUUGUAAAAAUCACAUUUUUAUAAAGGUUUAUUUGCUUUUAGAUGUGUGGAAGGUUGUGUACGGCAGCCGGAUGUCCAAGUCUGUACCUGUAAAU